AUGGCUGCUGCUACGGUCGACAACUCAAGUCACACUGCUUCUGCCAUAGAGACCUAUCAACUUGAUGUGGAAUCGACGGCGCUGAUUCGCGCUGCGGAAGAUAUUCUAAGUCUGACCAGGUCAAUGAAAGAGUCCUGGCUAUUUGGGAGACUUAAUGUCCUGGGCGAAGACGACAAAGAUAUCCAGAUGAGACAACAGGUUGAUGCUGACGUGCAGGUGGUGAGAGAAACCCUUGAGGACCCGUUAUUAGCGGCAACCAUUCUUUCCUACGAGGAAAAUCCUGCAAUGUCUCCUCAUUACCCCUCAUCAACAGCUUCAGCCCUAACCAACUCUACCAAGCUUCCUCCUCUCACCCUCGUUGUCGCAACCACCCCAAUCGUUUCCCAUACUCAACCUCAAAGCUCCCGCCUAGGAAUUGGAUAUGGCGGAACUCUCCCAUGGCCUCGCAUCAAGGGCGACAUGACCUUCUUUGCGCGUAUAACGACGCGUCCACCUUCUCUUUCCCCAUCGCCCCCCCAGGCCCACAGCUCCAUCAACGCUGUGAUAAUGGGAAGGAAGACAUAUGAUUCCCUGCCCGAGAGGUUUCGUCCGCUGCCUAAGAGGUUUAAUGUCUUGAUAAGCCGUGAUGAGUCUGGAAUAGUUUCUGAGCGGGCGGCUGCGGAAUGGAAAGCUGCAAGAGAAAGAGAAAGGGCGCGAGACAGGGAGAACCAAAAGAUAAAUGAACCCAUAAAUGAUACAGGCAGUAUCUCUACAGAAGGGAAUGAAUUAGCCGAGGUUAUAAGAGGGAGAGAGGCGGAUAUCCUUGUUUCUAAUAGUAUCGAGUCCGCCCUCACUUCACUCCGAAAUAAUUUUGAAUCUCAUGAUGGUGUACGAAACCUUGGGAAUAUAUUUGUGAUUGGUGGGGGGGAGAUUUACUCUUCUUCCCUAAGGCUCGAUUCUUCUGGUUUUGGUGAUAAAAUGAGAAUCGUAAUGACAGAUAUACGACGGCCUACUUCUGAAGCCGAAAAGCAAGACCCAUCCACUGCGAAUAACGGAUUUGAAUGUGAUACCUUUUUCCCCAUCAAUGAGCUGAAAGAUCAUAGGCAAUGGAGGCAAGCUUCUACCGCGGAAGUCUCGGAAUGGGUUGGUGAACAGAUUCCAGAGAGCUGGGUAUGGGAACGAGACUUGGCUAUUCGUUUUCUAGGUUUCGAGCGCAGAUAA